AUGGCAGAUUAUUUCAGCGAGUAUUCGACCUUCGUCGGGAGUAGAGGACUCCCAUCCCCAGCCGACACUCCUUAUGAAACGCCGGCAUUCAUACGAUCAAAGCGGUCGUCUCGCGCGACGGCUGCAUCUUCGAGAGAGCAGUCUACAUCACCGCCACCACUUCCUCCAGAUGCUGUCGACUACACAGACAAGAAUCGGGAGGGUAGAUACUCUGCACUGGACCCGCGACGAUUCACUCCGACGUUACACGCCUCAUUGGUGUCUGAAAUCCUCAACCUGCGCAGAGAGCUUGACUCCAAGAACACAUUGGUGGAGAACCUAGAGACCAAUCUAGCAGGGACCAGGAACGACAAUGAAGCUCUUACCGAGCGCGUUGCGCAGCACCAGAAGGAGGUACGAAAAGCCAAGCAACAGUUACAACAAAUGGAGUCAGGAACGUACGAUGCGGUGGAGGAAAUGGGCAGAGAGCGAGAUCUUGCAAGGCAAGCUGCAGAAGACCUGAAGGGUAAGCUGGAAGUGGUGACGAAGAAGCAUCGGCGGCAGGAUGAAGAUGCUGCGCGUUCGCAAGGUCUAUGGGAGCAAGAGAAGGAGAGCUGGGACAACGAGCGCCGUCAGCUUGAGAGACGAGUCCAUGUGACAGAGAACAGGCUGCGUGUGGUUGUGGACGAGAUGUCUACAACUAUAUCGGAUCCUCCUGCCAUGUCAGUCGACGAAGUCGACGAGAGCAUGUUCAAGGACAGUGGGUUUGGCAAUGAGAGUGAUACUGCAAGCAUACAAUCAGCGACACCAGUCAAACAUAGGCGUAACAUGAGCAGCAUCAGUUUUCGUGACAGGAGUUUACGAAAUUCAGCGUCAACCCGUGCCUCAGCUGGCACGCCGGACUUGCAAGCGAAGCAGCAUGGUCACACCUUAGCGGACGAGCUGGACAUCGAUGAAGAGGACGAGUACGACCUUGACGAAUUUGAGCAUGCAGACGACGAGCUCGAAUAUCCUGAGCCGAAGCGUGUAACGCGCUCUGGAGCCGAGAUCGAGUCCAAGGCGAAGCGGAUACUAGGUCUUGAUACUGAGCUGCCUGAUUCUAUGAAUGUGGAGUCGCCUCGGAAGGAUACUUUUAACAGAGUUGCGGAAUCUGCGACCAUCUUGCGCCAAUCUCAAGUAGCCGAGCCAUUAUACCCGUUGACUGAUGGACUUGAGAGCAGGCCGCGCGCCAUUUAUGUGGACACUGGGUACCAGCCAUCUCCGCCGCCUUCGCCGCAGCACAGUACACCUACGCCAGCCCAACAACCAAUUCCAUCAAUCCUGGAGCCAAGCUCGACCGUGGAGGCUGGUGUACAGACUGAAUUUCGUUCACUCACGGAGAAGCAUGCCCUGGUAGUCAACCCACCAAUCUCAGCUUCACCUAUCAGCCCCCCUGAGACGCCAGUCAUAGCUCAGUUAACCUGGCCAGAGACUCGAAAGGCAAUACCAGCAGCAAGCUACGCCACAGCGGCGACGCAGACCGACGUCCCUGUGCACGACCGGCCAGUCACACCAGACCUGAAGCGAAGCAGCCUCAGCCCUCCCGAUUUUGUGCCGUCCAUUGCAAUCCAUCCGCCAACCUCCAGGCCGAGCUCUCCAAGAAGAUAUGUCCUACCUCCUGGUACCAAAAAUGCCUCGGCACAGACAAAUCUGCCAUGGCCUGGUCGCGACGCCUCUGUCCAGACAGAGCCAAUUCGAGUCGAUAAGCGUGUUCGUCUUCUCCCUGCAAGCUUACAACCAUCUAACAUCAACACCAGCAAUAGCGGACUCCUACCCUCGCCCACCUUCCCAGAGAUCCCCAGACCUGCCAAGCAGCGAACGGCAAAUGGAGGCACUGCUAUCAUCUUCACAAAGUCGGCUCUGGAGUCUUGCAUACCUUCGCCCCCACUGCAGUCCCCCAUCGAGUCCAGCCCAGAGAUGCCAAGGAACCAGAGCUCGAAGAGUCUACGAGAUUUACCUUUGCGAGCUAUCCCACUUGGCAGACCUGUGUUGGCACCUCCACAUUCACAGCUCGGUGCUGUCGCUGAUGGACCUUUGAACCGGUCAUCUCAAUAUGGUGUCACACGACCCUUGCAGACGAGCAGCCACCUCGCCAGCAUUGACAGAGAUUCCGACGAUAGCGAAGACGAUGGUGCUGUCAGCGACCUGGAUGCAAGUGACAUUACUGGGUCGAUGCCUGUAAUCAGCCGAGCACCACCUGGACGCUUUGGUCUCUCGAAUCCACCAAAGGUGGUACCUGAGGAUAAGGAAGUAUCGCCAGACAGAAGACCAGGCACCGCAGGCUCGUAUGGUGCGGCACCAGCGCCAUCCGUGGCUAGCAGUCGUGCCAAUUCGAAUGCCGCUGGGAAACGAACAGUUCACAAAUUCAAUCACCAACGCGAUUACCGCUCGCGCAGUCCCAGCUUUGGCAGCGCCAUUUCGAGCACGUAUUCCACUCAAUCUAUCGCGCCACCAUAUCCCAUACCGAGGAGAUCGAGCUCGCGAGUCGUGGGACAUGCUGCAAGUGAAGGCUCACAAAGUCCAACGCCACAUCAUGUCCAAAGCGAUGUCUUUGGUCGUGGCGGUCUUCGAUCUUCUCGAGGGUAUCACACGCGCCAAACCAGCUUGCGUAAAGUGCAAUCGGCGGCAGCGAUUAAAGGCGGCAGACAGUCCCCGCCAAAGAGCCGCUUCAAGCGCUCGCCAGAUUUGACACCAAUUCAGUCUAUGGCAUUCGACACGCCAGCGCCAACGAGGUUUCCGAUACCAGAAUUGCCUACGCCACUUCAGGAACAGAGAGGCUUUCACCUCCCCAAAGGCUCCACUGACACCACAAGACGUCCUGAUACAGCUACGUCGAAUGGGCGGAUGUCGGAAGAGACCGAUCUCGUAGACGCUAUCGCUGGAACGAUGGUUGGCGAGUGGAUGUGGAAGUACAUUAGAAAGCGGAAGUCUUUCGGCUUGGCUGAGGAGACCAACGACUUCCCACACGAGAGCAUUAACGGCGCGGUCAGUAUUACCAACCACGGAACACGCCACAAGCGCUGGGUCUGGCUGUCGCCGUAUGAACGCACUGUUAUGUGGGACAGCAAGCAGCCAACGUCUGGCGGGGCAUUGUUGGGCAAAAAAGGGCGCAAAUUGGCCAUCCAAUCUGUGCUAGACGUCCAGGACAACACACCACUGCCCAAGGGUGCCGAACUGACUUCUGCCUUUAAUCGCUCUAUCCUUGUACUGACACCCCAGAGAGCCUUGAAGUUCACGGCCACUACUCGCGCGAGGCACGAGCUAUGGAUGACAGCUCUAUCCUUCCUCGCCCAAUCAGGUCGCUUACCUGGCCAGAUCCCGGCAGCUCCUUCAUCUGUAGCGCCACAGCCACCUCUGCCUUCUUUCGAGCCAAUAGCAACGAAGCAGCAACAGGCUCCAGCAUUCGGCCGUGCCAAAGUACGAGAUUCGGUACGACUUGCAAAGGGCAAGCGUCCUGUCUUGUCUCAUUCGGCAACACAUCCAGCUAUCGCGAAUUCGAACCCUGUUGAUGAACAGCCCGUUGAUGAUGGCGCCGACUUCCCUGCCGUGCCUCGUCUAUACGUUGGCACGAUAAAACAUCAGCGGAAGCGCAGCAACACGAGCCCGAGGCUACCACCGCCACUCCACAACCUGCGAAGCGUCUCCUCCAGCGCCAUCGCAUCCUCCAGCAAUUCAUCACGGCUCCAUCCGUCGAUGACCACGGGCUCGUCGGGUCGUCACGAUAUGCGCAGCUCCUCGUCUCGAAGUGGUAGCCAGCACGGCUCAGGCGCCAGCCCGACCUCACCGAACUUCUUCGAGGCCGUCGGUACAGUCCGCAUGGAAGCCUUCGUCGACCCGAGUGUGCGCGAUGGAGUACUGUAUGUGCCAGCGCCGCCUCCCGCCACUUCCACACCCCACGGGUCACGCAGGAAAAGGGGUGAUAGUCAUCUCAGCGUGUCUACUUUCGAAAAGCGUCGAGCAGGACUUGUGUUCGACGAGCAUGGGUUGGAUCCGUUCAAGGGCUUCUGA